AUGUCUGAAAAAGAUAAGUUGUUUCACUUUUUGGAGGGCUUGAAACCAUGGGCCCAGCAGGAGUUACAGAGGAGGAGUAUCGCAGACUUGGCAUCUGCCCAAGCUGCAGUCGAGUGUCUAAUGGAUUACCUCCUCUCUGACCAUCAGAGGAGGAAGCCCACUCCAAAUACCUUCAAGAAUCACAAGCUAUCCAAGGGUAAGGCUGUGAUCAAUGAGAAGAAGAGAGACUUCAAGAUGAAAGAUCGGGAAAUAGUAAGGGCCCCAAAGUUGGGGUAUUUUUUGUGUGGAGGGCCACACAUGGUGAAGAACUGUCCCCAAAAACAAGCUCUAAAUGCACUACAGGCUACUGUGCAGAAGAGUCCAACCAACCUUAAUGACAACAGCAAUGAUGAGGAGGAGCAGGUUGAGGGCCCUCGCAUGGGUGCCCUUAGGUUGCUGAAUGCCAUCAAAGGUCAAGUGAGGGAGCAGUCCAAGCCAUCCAAGCAGCAGCAACAGCAGAAGUCACACCAGCAACAGUCAAAACCACACCACCAACAACAACUCAAGCCACAGCAGACUCACCAGCAAUCCAACCGACGGACCAGUGAACUCAUGUAUGUGCAAGUGGAGCUCAACGGUCAUGUGACUCGGGCGAUGGUGGACACGGGAGCAACCCACAACUUCGUUGCCGAUCGUGAAGCUAUCCAUCUUGGGUUGAAGCUGGAGAGGGACUCCAGCCGAAUGAAGACGGUGAACUCGGAAGCACGGCCCAUUGCUGGGCUUGCAAGAGAUGUGCCUAUUCGGGUUGGAACUUGGAGUGGGAAGGCCAAUUUCAUGGCCGUACCCCUAGAUGACUUUCAAGUUAUCUUCGGUAUGGAUUUUCUUCAAGCUACUAGGGUGGUGUCAAUGUCCUUUCUAGAUGCUUUAUGCAUGAUAGGAGAUGAGUCUCCCUGUGUUGUUCCUAUUGCUUGA